AUGUUGACCUUUCGCUUUCUUGCUUUGCGCGACGUGCCCCGUCCAUCGGCCACGGAUGCAUCGUCGCCGAGGAAAGCGACGUGGUCGAUCCGUACACAGGGGGGAAAUAGCACCCGCUUCGUCGAUUUAGACGAAGGGGCACAGCAUCACCAGCACGACAACGAGGGGGAGGAGCGGAGCGCCAGCGCCGCGGACAACUCCGAGCGUGGCACUGCCGCUAACUCCACCGCCGCGCGACCCGUUUGGCCGGAGCAAGUGGAGGUCGAAGACAGGGAAGGUCAAGACACGAUCCAAGUCGCCGUUGUUCUGGAACUGGCAUCAACGGCGACGAAGCCGCGCGAGAAGUGCUGCCAUUCCAUCACAAUGAUCGAUGUACUCGACGUCAGACUACGGCCUGGUGAAAAGGUCACACUUUGGAGGCCUCUUCACUCGCUAGGGGCGUCGACCCAGGACUCCAUCGACAACGACGGCGACCACGGCUUCGGAGAAAUCCAGAUAGCUGUCACGUACAACACGGAUGACUGCGUAGAUCAAGGCAUGUAG